AUGUUUCUGAAGGCUGUUGUCCUGGCCCUGGUGGCUGUCACCUGCACCCGGGCUGAGGUCAGUCCUGACCAGGUGGCCAGUGUGGUGUGGGACUACUUCAGUCAGCUGAGCAACAAUGCCAAGGUGGCUGUUGAACAUCUCCAGAAGUCUGAGCUCACCCAGCAGCUCAAUGCCCUCUUCCAAGACAAACUUGGAGAUGUGAACACGUAUGCCAGUGACCUGCAGAAGAAACUGGUGCCCUUUGCCACGGAGCUCCAUGAGCACCUGACCAAGGACUCAGAGAAGCUGAAGGAGGAGAUUCGGAAGGAGCUGGAGGAACUGAGGGUCCGGCUGCUGCCCCGUGCCAAGGAGGUGAGCCAGAAGAUUGGUAACAAUGUGCGCGAUCUGCAACAGCGUCUGGGGCCCUACACGGAGGAGCUUCACACCCAGGUCAAUGCCCAGGCCGAGCAAUUGCGGAGUCAGCUGACUCCGUUAGCACAGCGCAUGGAGACAAUGCUGCGUGAGAACAUGGACAACCUGCAGGCCUCUGUGAUGUCCUUCACUGAUGAGUUCAAGGCCAACAUCAACCAGAACGUGGAGGAGCUCAAGGGAAGCCUCAUACCCUAUGCUGAUGAGCUCAAGACCAUGAUCGACCAGAACGUGGAGGAACUGCGCCAGAGCUUGGUCCCCUAUGCCCAGGAUGUCCCAGAGAAGCUCAACCACCAGCUCGAGGGCCUGGCUUUCCAGAUGAAGAAGAAUGCCGAGAUGCUAAAGGCCAAGAUUGAGGCCCAAGCAAAUGAACUGUGGCAGAGGCUGGAGCCUGCGGCCGAGGAUGUGCGUGGCAAACUGCAGGACAACACCAAGGGGCUGCAGAAGUCACUGGCGGAGCUGAGCAGCCAACUGGACCAGCAGGUGGAAGAGUUCCGUCGCAACGUGGAGCUCUAUGGCGAGACCUUCAACAAAGCUUUGGUGCAGCAGGUAGAGGAGCUGAGGCAGAAGCUGGGCCCCUUCUCGGGAGACAUGGAAGGCCACAUGAGCUUCCUGGAGAAGGACCUGAGGGACAAGGUCAACUCCUUCUUCAGCACCCUCAAGGGGGAAGAGAGCCAGGACCAACCCAUCACCCUCUCCCUCCCUGAGCAGGAGCAAGCUUCAGGGCCACUGGAGAGCUGA